UUCCUGUGACUGCGCGCUACCCAGGAAGUCGUCGUGUUACUUUUCUCUGUCCUCCUCCUCCUUUUCCAGUCUUGCGAGAAACCAGAUCAACUAAGGGGCGUUAAGUUACGUUAUUAGCCGGGAAACUCGCCGGAGAACAGUCUCGCUCCGGUUCUGUCGGGCUUCGCGGCUCGUGUCGAUUAACUUCACCGGUUGUCAUCGAAGAAACGGCGGAGAAAUGACGGAAAAGUCCGGACAGUGUCAGGGUAAGAGCUAAUUUCAACACGCUCCUCCUGCAGCGACAGUAUUUACAGUCUGUGGAGUAAAACCUAUCCGUCAAGAAGCAGGGAGUUCAGCUAAGUCGAAAGUCAGUCUCUGUGGUCGUAUUUCUGCCUCUAUAAUGUUCACUUUCGCUGGUUUGACGAGGGGGCAGCCACAGGUGAUAAGAAGAAAUCGAUACGGCACAGUUUAGUGAAUCAUCACUUCACUUCACAGCAAAUCACCAACCAGAUGUUCACUAAAGCCCGGCUCCAUUUCCUGUUCACGCUGCUUUUUCGUUUUUCUCUUCAUCAAAUCUUAUCUCCUGUCACUGUUGUUGCUACCUUGUCCCCUAAUAGUACAUUAUGUUCUCAUAUUUUCAGACAGAAGACGGCAGUGAAAGUGGAGGAGAUGCCACUCUCACAACUUUGCUUCAAGAUGUGUUUUUUUCUCCAUUUUACUUUAACCACCUCCGCCUUCAGUGACACUGCUCUGUGUCUUUCUCAAUUGUGUACCUUUCCAGCUACGAGGUGUGUGUACAGAUCUCAAAAUAUGCCCUUGUGAUGGUACACAAGCUGCCCUUCCCAUAUCCCAUUCCUAUUGUCUGUGAAAAGGACACGUCUUUCUAUUCAGAUCCUGUCCCCCUGAUCCGACCUCCCUCCCUUUAAGUUUCUGGGCCAUGCUCCGCAAGAGAGGCUCUGUCAUUCUUUGUGGUACCUUCCUGUUUAUUACCUGGAAUGCCAUACUCGUGCUCCUGCUGUGGGGCAGACCCCCGACCGGGCAGCCAGAUGAGUCUGGCCGAGAUCAGAGAGAGGUGGCUGAAAGGCCAACCAACGAUGUGGUGGGAGAUGUGCUCCGAAUGGCAGACACAUUCGAAGCCGAGUUGGAAAGGCAGAAGGAAAUCCUGCUGCAGAUCCAGAAUCACCAGUCCCUGUGGGAUUCACCAAACAAAGACGGACCAAAGGUUGGCCCUCAAAGUCAGCCCGUAAUUCCUAUCCUGGUGAUCGCCUGCAACAGGGUCACUGUUAGGCGCUGCUUGGACAAACUCCUGGAGUACCGGCCCUCAGCAGAGCUCUAUCCAAUCAUUGUCAGUCAGGACUGUGGACAUGCUGAGACCGCUGAGGUGAUUCGAUCUUAUGGAGAUAAAGUAACUCAUCUGAAACAGCCGGACUUGUCGGAUAUUGCUGUGCAACCAGGGCACAAGAAGUUUCAGGGGUACUACAAGAUCUCCAGGCAUUAUCGCUGGGCUCUUAACCAAGUGUUCAAGACUCUCUCCCAUUCCUCUGUUGUGAUUGUAGAGGAUGAUCUGGAGGUAAUCAUUUUACUAAUAAGCAUCUUAUUAGUCUUAUUUAAAUGUACAUUUAUUUCAACAUACUAAAAACGUAUCCAGAGGCCUUGUAUUUCAUGGCUGUUACAUUUCCAUGCCCUGGAAACAUUUGGUUUUACAUUUUUCAGUCUAAUUCAGGUUAUUUAUUUCCCACUCUAGGUGGCGCCAGACUUCUUUGAGUACUUCCGAGCCCUGCUGCCACUGCUGCAAUCUGACCCCAGCCUGUGGUGUGUAUCAGCCUGGAAUGACAAUGGCAGAGAUGGCUAUGUGGAUCCAGGGAAGGCUAACCUGCUCUACAGGACAGACUUCUUUCCUGGUCUCGGGUGGAUGGUCCUCAAGGAUGUGUGGGAGGAGCUGGAGCCUAAGUGGCCCGCUUCAUUCUGGGACGAUUGGAUGCGUCAGCCAGAGCAGCGGCGCAACCGUGCCUGUAUACGUCCAGAGAUAUCCCGAACUCUGACCUUUGGCCGGCAGGGUGUAAGUCUGGGUCAGUUUUAUGACAAAUACCUGCGCUACAUUAAACUGAAUACCGAAUUUGUGCCUUUCACCAAGAUAGACCUGAGUUACUUGAAGGAGGAGACCUACAGAGAAACUUUUCAGAAGGACGUUUACAGUGCCCCUGUGGUCACAUAUGAAGAUGUUAAGCAGGGCCAGCUGAAAGGACAAGGGCCCUACCGCCUCCUAUACUCAAGUAAAGACAGCUUCAAAAUAAUGGCCAAAAACCUGGGAAUCAUGGAUGACUUGAAGUCUGGGGUACCAAGAGCAGGAUACAUGGGGGUUGUCAGCUUCAUGUCAAGAGGACGGAGGAUCUAUUUAGCUCCUCCUCCUGGAUGGAUCAAGUAUGAUACCAGCUGGAGCUGAUAAUCCAGAGUAAAGCCAAUGUAUCGUAGCCUUUUUGUAACUGACGAUUAGGGAGAGCAUCCAGACCAAAGACUGAUAUCCUCAAACUUACUCUUGAUCGAGUGGUAUGUUCUCUGGUUAAUUGUGCUGGAUAAUACAGAGUGGAUUGUCUCUCUUUCUGGUGUUGGGGCUAUUGCCAGUGCCACUCAGGUGUUUUCUCAUUAUUCCAAAACAUUUCUUACCGAGUAGGAUACUGCCUAAAUGGUUUGUGAGACAAACUGCUGUUAUUCAUCAGAGAUCUCUAUUUUUUAUAAUAUGCUAAUUGUGCACAUGAUGUUCAUCACUGCAUUCAAUGCGAUGAAUUAGUUUGCCAUUAUUGUUUAAAUUAUUUUAAAUUUCUGGUAGCCUGUGUGAACUGUCCGUGUCCUAUACAAAUAUGAAAAACAAUCUGUGGUAUGGUUGCUCAUGGCAGUGGUGACUGGUCAUAACUGCAGUAUAAUCACUCAUUUGAUUGUUGGUGUCAGUGUGUACUAUGAGAAUCAGUUCUUCCUGCUUACAUUUUUAAUGUCAAUAGUUUUGUUCGAUGAUUCUUCAAUGGCAGUACUGCUUAAAGGUUUGUUACCUUGCAAGCUAUAAAAUUUGUGUGUUUGUAUAUUUUUGGAAUAAAAAGACAAUACACAAGUUAUCUUCA